GUGGCCACACUGGCCCUGGGCUGUUCCACUCCCCUCUGGGCGCCUGCCGGCCGGCGGGGGCUUAUAAAUGGACUCGGGAAGAGGAGGGGAUGUGCGUCACCGGUCAUCGGGAAGGGGGACAGCAGGAACUCCCGAGUCCGAGGUGGGGGAGGAGGGAAGAGGGAGGUCCUGUUCAGAGCCAGUGUCUGUCCUGUCUGACCACCAUCCUUCGUGCUCCAGCAUGGCCUCACGUCGCAGGCCGGAAAUCCUGGGGCUCGGGGCCUGGGCGACUACUUCUCAGGGUUUGUUUUUAGUCUCAGCCCUGUGACCACCGCCCUAGGACCCCGGCCCCAGGACCUGCGCACGGAGCCAUCCUUCCGGAUAAUCUGUCAGCCCGAGGAAAGGAUAAAUGGAUGCCCUCCACCUACCUCCCGGGACCCCAGGUCUGGGUAGCUGCCCCUCCAGAGAGAACCCAAGCAUCCGAGGUCCUGGUCACUAUGACCCCUGCUAUUGGGUGGCUUCUAUUUCUGGCUGCAGAGGAAGCCACAGUUCCUGGCAAGUUCGAGUUCCUGACCAUCGUCCCGGCCCACGGAGACAUUUACCUGGACACCUCCUAUUAUUCAUCUGCAAAGUGUCUGGCCGGGAAGUUGAGGCUCGCUUUCGCUGGCUGGGACCUGAUGGGGAGGAGGCGGCUCUUGGAGGGUCCUCCUUCUCGGCUGAGCCCAUCUACGAGGCUUCAGUGGGGCUCCGAGUGACCCUGAGCGAGCCAGGUCAAGAGAGGCCCCGUAUCCUCGGCCUUAAUCUCAGCCCCACCGUUGCGGAGGAGGGGUCCGUCAGGGAGCUGCAAUGCAAGGUGUCAGGGAUCCCCCAGCCCAACAUUACCUGGGAGCAUCAGGGCUUGGUGCUGGGAGGUAACGGUCGGGUAUCAGUGCAGGAUGGAACUCUGACCAUCCGGGACCUGGAGCCUUCGGAUGCUGAGGUUUACACUUGCGAGGCGUCCAUAGCCGAGCGCAUGGAGAGCGCGCGGGAGAACGAGAAGCUGAGAGUGACUUUCCGUCCCCGGCUGGAGGGACCCAAGGGGAACGCAGGGGUCUUCUAACCACACUGACCGUAUUGGUGCACGGGGAGCCGUCCCCGGAGCUCGGCCUCUCUUGGAGGGGCAGCCUUCUGCAGGAAGUUCGUCAGGGGGCUCCACACAUACGCACCUUCCAGUUCAUCCCUAAGGAGAAGGCAGAUUUCACCCCAAUGAAACUCCUCGCCUCCAAUCCCUUUGGUACCUCGGAGCUGGAGAUCCAGGUGCUGGAAGAAGUCACCCUCUAGAGUGCUGGGUCCUGGGGCCAUUUCAGGCCUUGCCUUGGCCUUUCUACUCGUUCUGGCCGUAGGAGUAGACGCCCUGUGCUGUCCGGACUUCCCGUUGCUUUAAGAGAGAGCAGUAGAAAAGCCGGAUACUUCAUCUCCUGACUCCUGCAUUUUCAGUGGCCGUUCUCCAUGCCUGGAAGGCUCUCCUGCCUCUUCCCUGACUUCUGGCUACUCUGGUUUCCUCCAAGUCUCAGCUAACUUCCCACCUUUUGCAAGAAAUCUUUCCAAGUCACUUA